CUAAUUUCAUCCAUGACCUAUAAGAGGGAGGGCCCGGCCUGAGGACAUGUCAGGGACACACAGUGAUCCCUGGUCUUGGGGGCUCUAAUGCCAGGGGAGACGCCUGGACUUCAUCAGCACAAUGGAGACCUGAGCAGGCUGAGCAGCAGGAGCACCCAAAGGACCUUGACGUGGCCCCAAAGGGCCAGAAACACACAACACCAAGAACCUAAGAGACUUCGGGGAGUUACCAGCAUCUCUCAAACAGCCCAGCCCAGCUCAGCGGGCCCCUCCAGCCCAGCUCCCAGAACACCUGCCUUCUGCCACCAGCAUUUACUGAGCCAUGAACAAGGCUUCUCCCAGCUGAGGCAGAAGCGUGCAGGCCCAGGUUGGGGUGUGGCGUUGGCAGGACAAACCGUCUCCAGUGUUGGGUGUUGUGCCUCCGUAACCAAGGACAGAGGAGGAGGUGCUGGCUCCCUGCCGUGUUUGGGCCCCAGGCUGAAUGCGUGGGAACAUUCUAGAAGUCUUCGGUCACUGCCCUACGCCUUCCAGGAACAGCAGAGUCUUGCAAGGCAAGACUCACUCCCUGGUGAGACCCCACGCAGGAGCAAUCAUCUCCUGGGAACUGGAUUGGCUCCGGAAGUGGUGAUUUCUUGGGAGCCACCUGGAAAAUCCAGCAGUGAGAAAAAGAAGAGCCACAGCCUAGCCCACCCAGCAGCCUGAACAAAGGCUUGUUCCUUCCCUUGUGGGGGAGCAGCCUGAUCUCUCUCUCAGUGCCGUCCCGGCUCCUUGAGGUUUACCCCCCAAUUAAAGCUUUGCCUGUGU